GUGAAAGGAAGAAUUUGUUAUAGUAAAUUUUUUCGCGGAUUUUAAAAAAAAAAAUUUUUUUUUUUUUCAGUUUGGUUUAUUUUUCUGUAAAUUGUGUGGCCUGGGGUAUAAAAUAGUGUUAACCUGCUGUUUAUUUAUUCAUUUUUUUCUUCUUUUUUUCAGCUCCUUUUUUGUUGUUUUUUUUUUUUGUGCAUUUUUAAUUUAUUUAUUAAACGGAGACGGUCAUAAGUUUACCAUACGGCAAUUUAUAUAUUUUUAUAUGAAAAUAACGAAAAUUUAAGAAAACAAAAAAACAAAAAACGUUAUUUUAAAAAAAAAUCAAAAAAUGCAAUAAUAUUAAAAAAAAAAGAAAUAUUUAUACUAAAAAAAAUACGAAAAUAAAAAAAAACUAGUGUUUAACAAAAAAAAAAAUACAAUAUGUAUAUAUAAAAAAAAUUUUUUUUUGUUAGAAAAAAAAAAAUAAGGUUUAACAAUUGUGCAAUUUGAAUUAAAAAAAAAAAAUUAUAAAAUAAAUUUUUUUUAAAUAUAACAGUUUCCUUAUUUUUACUGUAAUACACUUAAACAAAAAGAAAAAGGACGUAUAUGGAAAGAAAACCAGAAAACCUGCAGAAAAAUAACGUUUUUGUCUUCCAAACUUGAGUUCCAAAAAAAAAAAAAAAAAAUCCUUGGAUUCCAAAAAUAAAAGACUGCAGUAAAACAUCAUCUACUACCCAUAUACAUACACACAUAUAGAAAGAAACAACUACAAAAUCAACAACAUUUUAACGAAAAUUUGCAAUCAAAAAAAAAUUCAAAAAUUUUAAUUUUGCAAUAAUGAAGUAUAGAUUCUUAUUACUGUUAAUAUCAUUUCAAUUAAUAUUAGCUGACAAUAAUAAUAAAAAUAACAUUAAUAAUGAAUUACCCAAUAAUAUACUGAUAUCAAAAAUUUCUUCUAGUGAAAUUAUAGAUAGUUCAGAUAGCAUUAAUAAUAAUAAUAAAAAUCAUAAUAAUAAUAAUGAUGUUAAUAAAAAUAAUAGUGAUAAUUAUGUAAAUAGCUAUAAUAGUGACAAUAUUAGUGAUAACAAUAAUAAAAAUAAUAAUAAUAAUAAUAAUAAUAAUAAUAAUAUUAAUAAUACUAAUAGUGAUAAUGAUAGCAAUAGAAAUCAUGUAAUAACAUCUGUAUCAUCAUCGGUAUCAUCAGUAAGCUCAUUAAUACCAACAUCAGCAUUUGAAACAUCACAUAAAAAACCGAAUAAUUAUAAUUUUGAAACAGCACACAAAAUACAAAAUGAAAGAGAAAUCAUUAAAAUUCAAAAUAAUAAUAAUUAUCAAACAACAACAACAACACCAAAAUUAUUAAGAAAAUCAAUGGAUAUUGAUGAACAAAAUGAAUCAAAUGAAUCAAAUUUUGAAAUAAAAAAUAAUAAUAAAAAUAUUGAUGAUAAAGAUGAUAUUAAUAAUAAAAAUACAAUGCUGUUAUCAUCAUUAAAAUCUAUUAACGCAAUGAAUAAUAUUGAAAAUUUCAUGCAAAUGCAAAAAAUUAAUAGUUUAUUUGCAACAAAAGAAAGACCAGAGAUAGAUCCGGUUUUGGGUAUGAUAAUAAAUGCUGAUGUUAUGCAAAGUAUCGAAUCGAAACGUUCAAGGGAAUUUAAUUUUGAAAAUGAAAAUAAAAAUAAUAAUAAUAAUAAGAAAAAUAAUGAUAACGAUAGUAAUAAUAAUGAUAGAGAGGAAUUAUUAUCAGAUACAAAUAAAGAAGAUGUAAAAAAUGAAGACAAUGCAACAAUAAUAUCAUCAAAUUUAAAUGAAAAUGAUAAUAAUAGAGAAUCAAAUGAAUUUAUUACAAAUUUAAUGAAUUUACAAAAUUUUGAAGGUUUAACAACGACAACAGCAGACCCAAUUUCUAAUAUACGAAAAUCGCGAAUGAAUGAUAAUAAUGAUGAUGAUGGUGAUGAUGCUAUGCUCAUUGAUGAUGAUAUUGAUAAUAUUAAAUUAAAUUCUGGAUUAAUCAAUAAAUAUGAUAAUUUGGAAGCUGCUGGUAGUGAAAACAAUCAAAAACAAAAAAUUCAAAUAAAAAAGGGACCUGAUGGCCAAGAUUAUGAAGUAGUCUAUUAUUAUUAUUAUUAUGAUGAUGAGGAUGAUGAAAAUAAUAAAAACAAUACAAUAAAUAAUAAUAACAAUAACAAUAAUAUUAAUAUAUCUGAUAAUAAUAAAAAAUCGAAUAAUAUUAAUGAUAACAAAUCAAAUAAAAAUCGGAAUAGUAACAAUAAUAGUAAUAGUAAUAAGAAAUCAACAAAAAAUGAUAAAAAAUCGUCCCAAAAUAAUGAUAAUAGUAAUGAUAAAAAAGAUUUAUUAUCAUCCUCUUCUUUGUCAUCACCAUCUUCAUCAUCGUCAUCAGGAUCAGCACGAGGUAAAUCAAGGUAUACAAAUAUUGAACGGAAUAAUAAUGGUAUUACAAAUCAAAAUUCACAAUUGCAAGAUAAUGAUAAACAACAACAAAAAAGUGGACGUUCAAGUAUACCAGUUACAGAAGAAGUAGAUGAAGGACGUUUACCAGCAAUAACACGUUUUCCUCCACGUAAUAGUAAAUCACAUUCAAUUAGUGAUAAUGCUCAUACUGAAUCGUAUGAAAAUAAUGAAAAUAAUAAUAACAAUAAUAACAAUAACAAUAAUAACAAUAAUAAUAAUAACAGUAAUAGAAAACAUCAUGUUAAAAGACCAAGCUUAGAUUUAAUUGAUAGUGAAACAUUUAAUACUGAUGAUAAACAAAUAAAAAAUAAUCGUAAUAAUUUAGAUAAUAAUAUAGGUGGACCGUUAUCAUCACCAACAUCCUCAGCAGGAUCAUCAUCAUCAAAUUCCCAAACUGCAAGUGUGUCAGCUGCAGCUGCCUCAUCAUUAUUAACAAAUGAUUUUAAUAAUAAAAAUGAUCAAAUUGAUGAUAAUAAUACCAAUAAUAAUAAAAAAUUAACAAAAAUUAUUAAUGAUGAACCAGAAAAUAAUAAUUUAGAUAUUGAGAAUACAACACCAUUUAUGGAAAAAGUUGCUUUUGAUUUAUAUGCAAUAUUAGCAAAUGAAAAUUUAAAUUCUGAUACAACAACCGAUGAUACUAAUUCCUUAUAUAACAACAAUAAUAAUGAUAAUAUUAAUAUAACAGAUAAUAAUAAUGAUAUUACAACAAUAAAUCCGAAUUUAAAUAAUGAAGAAAAUAAUAACUAUGAUGAUAGCAAUAACAAUAAUUAUAAUAAUGAUGAAGAUGAUGAUGAUAUUGAUGAUGAUUCAAUUUUAACAACAACCGAAGAAUAUACAACAAUAAAAAUACAAAAAUUACUAACAUCUACAACUACAACAACGACAACUACUACAACACCAAAACCUACAACAACGACCACGACAACAACACCUGCACCGUCAACAUCAUUAUUAAGUGGUAGACGUGGCAUAUCAAAUGUUGGACGUAAUCGUUUUCGUUUGAAUAAAAAUGGCAAUAGUGGAUCAGUAACAACGGCAGGAACAACUGAAUCAUCACAAGUUUCAUCAGAACCGGAACGUAAACUACCUAAAAAUAAAAAUCGUUUUGAACGUCCAUCAUUCGGUGGCAAAACGAGAACCUUAAGUACAACAGAAUCAUCAGCUGUUAAAGAAGAUAUAAUUCCUAAAGAACAAAGUAAGCAAAACCACUUAUCUGUUGGAUCUAAAGGAAGAACGCGUAAUCGUUUUACAUUAAGAGGUUCAACAACAUCAACAACUGAACGUAAUAAUGUUGAAGAUAAUAAAUCAAACGACAAUACAAUUUCAAGUACAACAACAAUAAGAGGAUUACGUGCACGUCCAACAUUAAAUUUACGUGGUAGAUCCAAACUUGGUGGUAGUUCAGCAAAUACGUUAAAUUCAACACCAUCAUCAUCAUCUACUACAGUUGAUACAAAAUCUAAUUUAUCAACAGAUGAAAAUAUUGAAAAUAAUAAAUCAGAUGACAAUAAUAAAAUACAAUUGAAUAAUAAUAAUGGUAAUUUACCAACAAGACCAUCAAGAUUUAAUUUAAAUAGAGCUGGAAACAAAAGAUUACCCCCAAUAGCAAGAGGUCGUUUAGCAAAUACAACAUUACAAAAGCAAAUACCAUCAUCAAUAUCUACAGCAAAUAAUAAUGAUGAUGAAGAUGAUAAUAAUAAUAAUAAUAAUAAUAAUAAUAAUAAUAAUAAUAAUAACAAUGAAAAUUCAAACUCAAUAAAUAACAACAACAAUAAUAAUAAUAAUGAAGAAAUAAAUAAUGAUAGUACAACUGUCGCAACAUUAAGUGGUAUUAAUCGAUUAAAAAAUCGUCCUCGUAUUCAAAUACAAAAUACUUCAAAUAAAUCAAAAUCAUCAACAUCACAAUUACAAAAAAAUCGUAAAGUAAAUCCAUUAAUUGCUAGAAGAAAAUUACAAAUUGGUGGAAUUGGUGUUACACAAUCAACAGAGGCAUCGGUAGCAGCUGAUUCAGAGAACUCAGACAGUGCAGAUUUAUUAAAUUCUGCUGGUGAAAAUAAAAAAGAUGACUCUGGAAAAAUAUCAGAUGAAUCAAUUGUUAAUGAUGAAUUAACUGAAGCAACGGUUAUUGAGCCAUCAUCAGAGCAACCAAGGGGACUAAGUUUUUUAAGUCAAAGAAAGCGGUUGCCCCUUAGAAAGCCAGGAACAAUUCUCUAGUAUAUAGGAAUUCAAAUAUAAUUUUUUUUAUUGUAAUUGUAUUUUUUGCUUAAGACUUUGUAGAAAAAAAUUUAAUUUUUUUUAUUUUUUCAAUUUUUUACUUUUUUUUUUGUUUGUAAAAUUUUAUUUUUAAUUUUUAAAUUUUUCUUAUUUCUAAUUUUAAAAAAAAUUUUUGAAAAAACAUGAAUAAAUAUAGAAAAAAACUUGCUUAUUUUCAAA